GGGUCGGCGCGCCUCGGACCGCCUUUGCCGCUCCGCCUGCGCCCGGGCAGGCACCCGAGUGCGGGAGCGGCGCGGGAACUUGGUGCCCUGGGAACUUUGCAGGAGACUUUGCCUCCAGCCUGGAGAGCCCAAGGAAGAAUCUUGUUGAAAAAUGAGGUGAACAAGUGCUCGGGUACUCAAGAACCCUGGACAGCUACAUGAGGUGUUUAAAAACUGCCCUAACCACCUUGCUACCCAAGUCCCAGUCAUGAGGCCUGACAGGAUGAGUACGCCUUCGAGGGCCAGCAUCCUGCUCCGGAAAAACUCGGACUGCUGACCUGCAGAGAGCAAGCAGGGGACUGCCUGUUGUCUGCCAGUACAAUGAAGGAAGUGGUUUAUUGGUCACCCAAAAAGGUGACAGACUGGCUGCUGGAGAAUGCUAUGCCAGAAUACUGUGAGCCUCUGGAACAUUUCACGGGCCGCGACUUGAUCAACCUGACCCAAGAGGAUUUCACAAAACCCCCCUUGUGCCGAGUCUCCUCCGACAACGGGCAGCGGCUCUUGGACAUGAUAGAGACCUUGAAAAUGGAGCACCACAUGGAAGUACACAAGAUCGGCCAUGCCAACGGGCACCUCAGCAUUGGCACAGACGUCCCCACCCCUGACGGCAGAUUCAGCAUCAAGGUCAAACCCAACGGGAUGCCAAGUGGGUAUAGGAAGGAGAUGAUAAAGAUCCCCAUGCCGGAACUGGAGCGCUCCCAGUACCCCAUGGAGUGGGGCAAGACUCUUCAGGCCUUUCUUUAUGCACUUUGCUGUUUUGUUCUCACCACAGUGAUGAUCUCGGUCGUCCAUGAACGAGUACCUCCUAAGGAGGUGCAGCCUCCACUACCGGACACGUUUUUUGACCAUUUUAACCGGGUGCAGUGGGCCUUUUCUAUUUGUGAAAUUAAUGGCAUGAUCCUUGUAGGACUCUGGUUAGUUCAGUGGCUGCUCUUAAAAUACAAGUCUAUUAUCAGCAGAAGAUUUUUCUGCAUAGUUGGCACGCUGUACCUGUAUCGGUGUAUUACAAUGUAUGUAACUACACUCCCAGUACCUGGUAUGCAUUUCAACUGCCCUCCGAAGCUUUUUGGAGACUGGGAAGCCCAACUGGGGAGAAUAAUGAAGCUCAUUGCUGGCGGUGGCCUGUCCAUCACUGGCUCUCACAACAUGUGUGGGGACUAUCUGUACAGCGACCACACGGUCAUGCUCACACUCACCUACUUAUUUAUCAAAGAUGUGCUCAAAGAAGCUUCCCAGAUGAACCUCUUGGCCCGGGUGUGGUGGUACAAGCCAUUUCAGUACUUUGAAAAGAAUGUCCAAGGAAUUGUACCUCGAUCUUACCAUUGGCCCUUCCCCUGGCCAGCAGUCCACCUCAGUAGGCCAGUUAAAUACAGCCGGUUGGUGAAUGACACAUAACAGCUGUGCAAAGUGGGGGAACGAGGACCUGUCCGAAGUGCUAAGAACUCCACGAGAGAAGAUGCCAUAAAAUAAACACCUCCCUAAUCCCACUAUCUUUCAACGGUUACCUUGACUUAGCCUAUUGAGUUACCUGGUCAGCACUGUGAUCUUCUUUUUCUCUCCAAAGGACCUGUGUUGGACAACAAUAAAGAAAAUCUAACUUAUCAUGCACUGUACACAGUUCCUGUUCAGAAGCCUGUGAUUUACAUAACCCACAACCACCAUGUUCCUUUGUAUAUGAUGCAACAGCAUAAAUGUAAGCUUUUGUAUCCUAAGUUCUGUUUUUUCCAGUCACAUCUGGAAAUAAAGCGUAUUAUUUUUCUUGGGAAAACAUACUUUUCAUAUCUCUUGCCCCAAAGAUUGGGCUGUAAGCCAUUUUCUAGCAAAUGUCUCUAUGAAGGUUUCUAAGUACCUGAAUGGGGUCUGAUUCUGAAAUCUUUCUACCUGUUGCACCGAUAGUCAAAAAUGACAGACACAGAAAGGUUUAGUAACUUUGGGUUUUGUAAAAAAAGCAGAGACAGUGUGUCAAAAAGUACAAAAAAAAAAAAAAAGAUUCUGUUAUAAAGUGAUUUUCUAAGUAUUUCCUAACUUUAUUUUUCAAA